AUGUGGCUUAUCCCGUGUGACUCAGCACCCUGGAACGUGAAGUGGAUUGCCCGGCUGCCCGGACGGUGGAAGGGUUUCCGAACGUUUGGAAUUUCCCUGCCCGCGGCACGGCACAGCGGCUGGGCGCACGAGGGGUUUGGGGACGAAACCGUGGUCCAGGGCGCGAUGUCAACAGCACAGCGUCGGCCCGGGCGCGCCGGCGACGCCGCCGAGGCCCCGGUCAGGGUUCGCACCAGGGGCGAAUCCCUGCAGUGGGCGUUUUCCAACUGGUGCCGAAUAAUCUCGGUCGUCAUCCUGUUCGUCGGCUUCCUCGGCGCGGUCAUCUACGCAUCGGCGAAGCUUAGGUUCGUGGAGGACGUGCUCCCGAGGAUAAGCGACCCGCUGAUGUUCUGGCUCUUCAACGUGGUCGUCGCCUCGUUCGCGGUGAUCCCCGGCGCGGCGUCCGCCACGUCGAUCGCCGCCGGGGUCAUCUACGGCACACCCGUGGGCGUCGCGUUGGUGUCCACCUCGUGCGCCGUCGGCGCGGGCGUAUCGUUUCUCAUCGCUCGAUACGCGGCGAGGCCGCUGGUGGAGAGGGUGUUCGUCAAGGAGGGCAGCAGGUUCGCCGUGCUGGACCAGGCGGUGAUGAGGGACGGCGCGCAGAUCGUGCUGCUCGCGAGGCUCUCGCCGGUCUCCCCGUACGUCGCCAUGUCGUUCAUGUUCGGGCUCACGGCGGUUGAUUUCCUGCCGUACAUUGGCGCCUCCGCGGUUGGCAUCCUGCCGGCGUGUUUCGUGUACGUGUACAUGGGGGACACGGGGCGGCGGGCGACGGGGGGCGGGGGCAAGGCGUCGGGGCUGGAGCUCGCGUUCUACGCGUUCGGGCUCCUGAUGACGGUGCUGGUGACGUAUCGCAUCGCGCAGAUUGCGCAGAAGACGCUGGGCGACAAGGGGUUGGGUUUCAAGGUUCCCGCCGGUCGAUGCUUCGGGCUGUGCGGGGGCGGUUCGUCGAGCGGCGACCCCGACGACGACGACGACGACGACGACAUCGGGGAGGAGCUCCUGGAGGUUAGAAUACAGGACUCGUCGCCGAUGGCGCGGGGCCGGCGGCAGAGCAUGAGCCUGAGCAGCGCCGAGGCGACGCCGCGGUUGGCAGACCUGGACAACCAGGGGGGCGCGGAUGUCCCUUUUGGCAGCCAAAACAAAAAGCCAAGCGACGACGAGGCGGGGGAGGGUAGGGCGGAUCAGCGGCAGUUUUUGCUGGUGAGCGACCCGACGGACGCGACGAUGUCGGUGCCCGAGGCGUCCCCGGAGCAGGUGCGGCAGGUGAGGCGAACCGCCAACGCCGCCAGGCUCCUCUGA